UUUUUAUAUCGAAAAAUUACUUGUAUCAGAAAUAUAAAUGCAUUUUGAAAAAUAGCUUUAAGCUUUCAUUUAAUUUUUAAUGAACGUCGUGUAUUGUUUCCUUCAUCUUCGACAUAUUUCCAAUAACGAAGAUAUGUAACAUAAGAUAAUAGGUUAUGUUACUUGUGUGUUUGCCGCGUCUGUCCUGUGUGCAGAAGUUAUCCCACACUUGUAAUUCGUGACGGAAUAUCAUCUAAAAUAUAAGAAAAACUAUGUCAAGAAAGAAGCACAAUAUAUCAUAUAUGAAACCGGAUGAACCGAAAUUCCUCCGGGAAUUAAAGGAACAAAUUGGAUAUAAAGAAGGUCCCAAUGUCGACACAAAGAGAGAAGCUUUACCAGAAGUCUCCGACGAUGAAAAAGAAGAUUCAACUGAUGAGAAGCCUGUUGUUGUUGUACUGAAUUCUGGUGACUUGACAGCAGAAGAAGCAGAUGCUUUUAGAAAGCAAAAGGAAAAAGAAGAAAGUAACGCCCCUGCUGAUCUAUCUAAAAAGGUUAUAUUUCGCAAGACUAAACCAACAGAGACAGAAUCUGAUGUAAACACUACAGAUAAGCCAGCAAAAAAGAAAGCUAAAAGGACAAAGCAGUCGCAGAAGAUUAUCUUGUCCUUUAAUGCUGAUGAUGACGAAGACAAUGUGGGAUAGCAUUAAUUAAAUAUUAUUGUUGAAAUGUAUAUAAUAUCUAUAAGAAAUUUAUAUUGUACAUAAUAGAUUAUUUGAACUUAAUACACAAUAUUACAAAAAUCA